GGAAUUUUUGACUCUUCUCGAUGGUGCUAGUACCACUCCUACAGUCCAUCAGUUUCUUGUUAAUUCUCUGGGUGAAGUGGUAUGGCUUAUUUUUUAAGCUCUUAUGCUGCUAUAGGACCUCGGCUUUUUCAAUUGGUUUUUAAAAUCUUAGUUUGCUAGUUUGUUUAGUGAUAGCAUAUGAAGAGUGUAUCAAUAGUUGUUUGUGGUGCUGGAAAAGAACUUUUGCUGGUUGUCCUCAAUCAUCUGCAGCCUACUGUAGAAAUUAUUGGCUUUAGAAUGGGUGAGCUCAGGGGUCUUUCAAGAUGGCGUUCUCAUUACCUAGGUAUUGGUUUGGAUGAGACUCUGGUGGAUAAUGCAGUAAUAAAGGCUGGAAUGCUGCAUGUAAAGGUUGAGCAAUUCAUAAGGGUGCUCUCAUAUGUCAUGAAGCCGGAUGACUUUGAAUUUGCUUCAGAUUAUAUUUCCUUCCAAAUACCUGACGAUUCUUUUGUAGAUGUAACGAAUUGUAUAGCGGUAGUGAGGGGACUGACGAAUGAAUGUGAAGCAAGGAAGACCUUUGGAAGGAUCUUGUUGUGCAUCCCUCCUGGUCACUGUUUUGUGGAUUUGGCUCUAUUUGAGGACGAUCAAAUUGCUAUGUUGCUAAAUAAGAUGAAUGAUAUUUGUGAAGGCUUGGGAGACGCCAGAAUGAUGAUCUUGCAAGCAGUGACCUUCCAUUUGUGCAUAUUGCAGGAACCAAUUGUACAAAUAACUGAGAGUUGUACCAAUUGAAGAAUUUUAGGAAGUGCUUCUGGUUGGAUGGGGAACCAGGCCUGUCCAGUUAAAUUUCCCAGCAUAAAUAGUAUUGGUCAAGAACUGGUGGUAUUUACCUUGUUUAACCGAUAACCAGGUGUCCCUGUCAACUGGUACCCAGCAAACCUAUCAAAAAGUAUGGACCAGUUCUGGACCUUAAAAAAAAUUGAAGGAGUAGUGUUGGAGUUGGCUUUGGGUUUGGAACUCCAACUUCUUGUAAUUAACAAGUGUGCCAACCAUUUGCUCCGGUGUCUUCUUUCUUCAAUUUGUGGUGGAUAAUUUAAUUAUUGACCGUAUUGGCCUAAUCUAUUAGAUAACUGAACAGGAUGCUAUUAAGAUGACAUCGAGCGUGUGUAAUAUACUAAAAUGCUAUGGUGUCUGCCAACUCAAUGGGCUUCUUUGUUCGCUUGUAACUCACUGGGCUUCUUUUGUUCUAAACAUGUGUAAUCUAAUAUUUGCAAAGUGUUCUAUCAAAUGACAUCACAUGCAAUAGUUUUACCAGUUCAACCAAUUGAACCAUUGGUUUGGUUUUAAAAACGUUUGUUCUUUUAUUGUUCCUAUCUAUUAUUUAUUUGCUCUCCUCAUCGGCACGAGUAGCAGCAGCUUUGUUUUUCCUCCUGUGUGCACAAUGCAUAUACAUGCCAUUACAUGCUUAUGAUUUCAAAGGAUGUUUUGCUUUCUGCCUUACCGUUACAGCAAAAGUUCCAACAUAUCUUGAUAGCUGGAGUCUUGUACUUGUAUAUAGGUUAAGAAAUGUUCAUUUGAUGGCCCUAAUGGGUUAAAUUUUGUGUGGACAUUUGCUUGGUUAUAGUAUUCUCACUUUUGAAACACUAACCCAGUGAA